CCGUCUCAGCAGCAUGAUGAAGACUUGUGUGGUCCUCGCUCUCUUCCUGAUGGCAGGUGUGUCUCUUGGAGACAUCCAGAAGAGAGUCGAUAAUGGAAGGCCAUGCACCGCUGAUGAAACCGAACAUUUUGUUUUCCUGAGGAUCUCAAACCAAGUAAUUCGCAGUAAUUUCAGCUGUUCUGGUACCGUCAUUGGCAACGGGAACUGGAUUCUCACUGCAAAACACUGCAAGAAUGAUGGAGGGCUCGGCUGGUUGUUCAGGUACUUCAGAAAGUUCAACGUUAAGGACGUCACCUCAACUCUAGAAAUCACCUCGAAGGAAACUUUUCCACACAAGACUGCUGACGUCAUGCUGAUCAAAGUGAACACCGGCAUGGCUGGUAUGCCCUUGGUGCCUGAAGCUGUCUGCAGCCAAGUCAUGAACCAAAUAAGCCCCACAAACACUGUACCGAUGGUCGUUCCUGCUCGGCACACGAAGGAGGAGGACAAAACUUGGAAAGAUGUUUCCAUGUGUGCCGACAUCAAGGUGAAUGGACGGGGCACUAUUAGGAAAACCAAUGUCUUGCUCUGGAGUCCUGAUGGCUGCGACACCUGUAAGGGGGAUUCUGGUGCUGGAUAUAUUUACAAUAACGCUCUGUUUGCUGUUCAUAGUGGAAAGAUACCGGUUGGACAAGGCAAAGUAGAGAAUGUUGGACCCAUCGUCUGUAAUGGACACAUACGUAAUUGGAUUGUUAAUACUAUGAAUAAUAAUCCUUAAAAGUGUUGUUGUGUGAUCCUUGUUUGUGAGCAACAAUAAAGAGACGUUAGGUCUCCU